ACGCUCUUUUUCAGUCGAUUUUCCCGCGAUAUCGAAGCAAGACGCUUUUCUUUUUGGUUAAGUUAGAGUGAUAAUUCAAAAUUUCGAUAUGUCCUGCUACGAAGUGACGCGGUACGGGCUAAGGGAACGCUUUGCCUCAAAAGUUGAGGAUGACGUUAACGUGCCAGUCUACAACUGGGUCCCCUGGUCGGCCGACGCCGGCGUCCAUCCGGCGAAUGCCGUCCGCGCCGGAACCGACACCGACGGUUCGGAGAUCUACGUGGGCCGUGCGGAGCACUACGGCGAGAUGCUGCCGGUCAAGUUCCUACCCAAACGUCGGGUGGCCUACGUGUCCCAGGGUGGGAUCGAGUUCUUCAAGGCACACUUUGAAGUGCUCACCGGACUCAGCUUCACCUGGGUUCCUGCCGUGAACGGAGAAAUUCCAAAGGGUGCCGUUUUCGUCGGCAAAACCACCCACGGUGAACCCAUGUACAUCGGACGGGGUCACCUGGACGGAAGCGUGACGCCGGGAAAGGUCCUCAAAAGCCAGGGCUGUCUGUACGUUCCGUUUGGUGGAUUUGAACAAGCGACCUCCAAGUACGAGGUGCUGGUCGAUGGAGGAAAGUCCCAAAAGCAAAGCGUCGGAGGCAACUGGGUGCGGGCAUCGAGCAAGGGUCCGGUUCCACCGGGUGCCCUCCAGGCCGGUUACGACAGUGACGGUUCUCCGAUCUACCUGGGUCGUGUGUUCCGCUACGGCCAAGUUUUGCCGGCGAAGGUCAUGCCCCGCAAGCAGAUGUGCCACACCGGUGACCAGGGGCUCGAGUUCGAGAUGACCGAGUACGACGCCCUGUGCUGUGCCAACGUGUCCUGGGUGCCCUUCCGCGGGGUGUUCCCCCUGAACGCGAUCGAAUGUGGCCGCGAUCAGUACGGCGAGAAGCUGUACUUUGGACGGGGACAGUUCAGCGGCAGCUUGACCCCGGGAAAAAUCCUUGAGAAUAGCAAAGUCUGCAAGAUUCCGUACAACUUCAAGGAGUACACGCUGAGGGAGUUUGACAUUCUGGUGGACAACAGCAAUCCGACGACUCGCUGCGCUCAAUCUUUGGACUGGCAGCCGAGCACUAACGCGUCCCCACUCCCCAAAGGCGCCAUCCUCGGUGGAUACGACAAGGACGGAGCACCGAUCUACGUGGGCCGCGUCACGUACGAAGGAAACCAACUGCCGGCGAAGGUCAUCCCGCGUAGACGGAUGUGUCGCACCUCGUACAAGGGCAAGGAAAUCGAAAUGAGCUCGUACGAGGCGCUGUGCAACACCCGGGCGUCCUGGGUGCCGUUCAGCGGAAGGAUCCCCGCCAAGGCGAUCGUCUGUGGCCGCACCAUGUGGGGUGAGACGGUCUACAUUGGGCGCGGUUACCACAAGGGCGCCAUGAUUCCGGGCAGGGUUAUGGAGAACCAGCGCGUGCUGAUGGUGCCCUUCGAGUGGAACGAAAUUUCGCUGACAGAAUUUGAAAUUCUGGUCGAAAACUAAUAACGAUUUACGAUAUCCUGUGUUUAAGUUUAACAGCUGAUUUGCUGGAAAUAAAAUAAUUAUUUGGAAAUGUAAUCACAGUCA